AAGAAAAAAUCCCAGUAAAAGCGUUAAUUGAUACAACAUCUAAAUAUAAUACUAUUAGCAAACACUUAUUCGAUAAGCUUGAAUCUGAUCACGGAUUAGAAGGUAUAGUUGGUGAUGAUCUGAUAGGUGAAGAAAUAAAAGGCUUAGAUUUACAGUUUCGCAUUAAAAGAAAGUGGCAAAGUUUAGGUGAUACUGAACUAAUAGACUUUCAAAUUCACAAAAAUCCAUUAUUCGAUCUGGUGUUGGGGCAAGAUUGGUUAUGGAUGCAUAGAGCAAAAAUGAGCUUUGGAUUUUCUUCUGAAACCU